UCUAGCAGGAAGGAAGAGGUAACUUCCCCUGAAGACCCUCCUGGACCAGCCCCAGGCUCCUGUGCUCGUGAGGCCGAGGGAGAGGGAUGUCGGCAUAGGACACGGAGCAGGAUUUCCAUUUUAGAGGCAGCUGGACCUGUCUUCAGGUCCCUUCCUUGGUGAGAGGGGUACGCCAGAGGAAGCUGGGCGCUCGGCCGCCGUGCAGCCUCCUCUCCUGGAAUCUGAGUAUUGGAAACUGGGCUUUUACCUCGGAUACCUCAGCACAGACUCCCAUGGGAAUCCAGGUCACAGCAAAGCAGCCCUGGGCCUCCACUCUCCUUUAAGCAAGCAUGACAAUCCUCACCUGACUGGGUUUUUAUUAAAACUAGCAAUGACCUUAGAAAGCAAGGCAUGACCUCAGCUCCACUUUUGAGGCUGCAGUCCAUUUAGAGAGGUUUCCCAGACUCGGUAACGGCCAGAGCAGACAGCCUGUGCCCUGCCGCAGACUUACUCAGAAUUUUUGGGAGUAGUGAUCAUCUUCUGCUUUUGGAAAAACCUCUACAGGCGGUUCUGAGAAGUCCAAGGGUUGCUGGGAGAGGUUGCAGGUUGCACGCCAGGACCUGUACUUACCACCACCACGUGCCACGGGGCUCUAAGGAGGAAUGGCGGCUGUGGGCAGCCUGCUUGGCCUGUUGAGGCAGAGCACCGUGAAGGCCACCGAACCUGCACUCCGCCACCUGCACACAUCCUCCUGGCAGGCCGACAGCAGCAGGGCCUCACUCAGUCGUGUGCACCGCCAAGUUUAUGCACGACUCUACCCUGUACUGCUGGUGAAGCAGGAUGGCUCCACCAUCCACAUCCGCUACAGGGAGCCGCGGCGCAUGCUGGCGAUGCCCAUAGAUCUGGCCACCUUGUCUCCUGAGGAACGGCGGGCCCGGCUGCGGAAGCGUGAGGCUCAGCUCCAGCCGAGGAAGGAGUACGAGCAAGAGCUCAGUGAUGACUUUCAUGUGGAGCACUACCAACAGUUCUGGAACAGGACCAAGAAGUGACCGUGGCUCCAGCCACCCCGGGACGUUGAUAAGAUGGGAGGGCUGUUCUUAAAUCACAUAUUCUCGAAGCUGCCACCUGGA